ACACUAUGAGGCUACCAUGAAAGUUUAACAACCAGCCAAAAACGAAAUCGACAUAACUUGCACACAAAGUCAUAGGCGAGUGCCCACAAUCCCCUUUUCCUUCUUCACUAAAGCUUUGCUUAUUCCACAACUCCAUUUUUCACACAAGAAAGAGAGAAAGUGAUGGGUUCGCCUUCUCACAAACAAACUGAUAUGCUCCGAGCAGCCAUGAGGCUGCUAAUAAUACUAAUCUUGCUGGGUUAUCUCAUGUUGUGGUUUAUGAUGCCCACUAACACAUACCGCCAUAUAUGGCUUCGUCAUGUCCGAAAUAAGUUUAAUUCUGCUUACUUUGGCUUACAAGGUGCAACUCUGGUGUUAUACUCCUUCCCCAUUCUUUUGAUUGCUGUCUUGGGCUGUGUUUAUCUCCAUCUGGGGAAGAGAUCGGAUCAAAAUGAUUUCCAAAGUGAUGGAAGAAAACGCAGCAAACUAUCCAAAUGGAAGAAUCCGAUGAUAGUGAAAGGCCCUUUAGGAAUCGUUUCUGGAAUAGAGCUGGGCUUCUUGUUCAUGUUCGUCGCGCUACUGAUUUGGUCUCUAUCAACUUAUUUACACAACGGCUUUGCUACUAUCACUCCAGAGGGAGGAGAGCAAGUAUGGGAAGCUAAGUUAGACAAUGCGUCCCUGAGACUAGGGUUGAUUGGGAACAUAUGUCUGGCAGUUCUCUUCUUCCCGGUGACUCGUGGGUCAUCGGUUCUGCCACUGUUUGGGCUCACCUCUGAGAGUAGCAUUAAGCAUCACAUAUGGGUUGGUCACAUGGUGAUGAUGUUCUUCACUGCUCAUGGAGUUGGGUACAUCAUCUAUUGGGCUGCCACAAAUCAGCUUUCCGAGAUACUGAAAUGGGGUAAAGCUGAGAUAUCAAAUGUGGCUGGGGAGCUAUCUUUGUUGGCUGGGCUGGGCCUCUGGGCAACAACCUUAUCUAGCAUAAGGAGAAAAAUGUUUGAGCUCUUCUUUUACACUCAUCAUCUCUAUAUUCUCUUCAUGAUUUUCUUUCUCCUGCAUGUUCCCAUCUCUUUCGCCUGUAUUUCGCUCCCUGGAUUUUAUCUCUUCUUGGUCGACCGUUAUCUGAGAUUCUUACAAUCUCGACAAAGAGUUCGUUCAGUUUCAGCCCGCAUUUUGCCAUGUGAAACUUUAGAAAUCAACUUCUCUAAAACCCCAGGAUUGAGUUAUAAUCCAACCAGCGUUCUGUUUGUAAAUGUUCCAAGCAUUUCUAAGCUGCAAUGGCAUCCAUUCACCAUCACUUCUAAUAGCAACUUAGAAUCUGAGAUGUUAAGCGUUGUGCUUAAAAGUGAAGGAAGUUGGUCCAAGAAGCUAUACCAGAUGCUCUCAUCACCUUCCUCAAUUGACCGUCUUGAAGUCUCAGUUGAAGGACCUUAUGGGCCUGCUUCAACUCAGUUUCUAAGGCAUGACACUCUUGUGAUGGUGAGUGGAGGCAGUGGAAUUACUCCUUUCAUAUCUAUAAUUCGAGAACUCAUAUUUGCAGCCACGACAUACAAAUGCAAGACUCCACAAGUGAUCCUAAUUUGCGCAUUCAAGAAUUCUUCAUACCUAACCAUGUUACAACUCCUUCUUCCAAUAUGUGGUACCCCAUCAGCAAUUUCCAAUCUUCAACUAAGAAUUGAGGUUUAUAUUACGAGAGAGAAAGAACCCUCAAUCAAUAACUCGAAGCUCCUUCGAACUAUAUGGUUCAAACCCCACCCAACAGAUGCACCUGUUUCAGCCAUUUUAGGCCCCAGAAGCUGGCUCUGGCUUGGAGCCAUAAUAUCAUCUUCUUUUGUCAUUUUCCUCAUCAUAAUUGGCCUUAUUACCCGAUAUUAUAUUUAUCCUAUAGAUCACAACACCUGGAAAGUUUUCUCAUACUCAUUCCGAUCUUUUCUGAAUAUGUUAGUAAUAUGCAUAUGCAUAGCCAUGACAGCGAGUGCAGCCGUUUUGCGGAACAAGAAACAAAACGAAAGGGAAGCGAAUCAGAUUCAGAACCUUGAAGGAUGCACACCAACUAGAUCAUCACCAGAGUUACGGUUAGAUGAUGCUGAGAGAGAAUUGGAAAGUCUACCUCAUCAGUCUAUUGUCCAGGAUACUAACGUUCACUAUGGUAGAAGACCUGAUCUAAAGAGUAUACUAGUUGAUUGCAAAGGAUCAAGUGUGGGGGUUCUUGUUUCUGGUCCCAAGAAGAUGAGACAUGAGAUUGCAACAAUUUGUUCGUCUGGACUGGCAAGUAAUUUGCACUUUGAAUUCAUUAGCUUUAGCUGGUGAUCUCAUCCUUCUUCUUUUUUUAUUUUUUAUUUUUAUGGUUUUGUAAUUUGUAUGCUACGCGUGAAAGUGCCAUUGGCCGUACAACAUCUAGCUAUGUUGUUCAUAUGGAAUUCUUAUAGUUUACAGCAAAUAUCAAAUUUGUAUAUGCGCGACGUCUUGAGGGCGUAGCCAUUUUGGUUUUGCUCAUUAAUGACUAGCCGCAAAUUCUUUUGUUGGAAACA